AUGAGAAAUGGUGAAGAAAAACAAGGGAAAAAUAAAAGAAUUGCGAACGACUCAUAUAAAGGCGUUAAUAUUCCGAAAUAUCUUUGCGGCAAAUCAGAGGAUUCAAUCGAUCUUCAAAUCAGCUCGUUGACAUAUGUGUUUCGCUUGUAUCAGAUCAAUGCACUCGGUCCAUUUCUCAAACCUGAUGAACAUCAUCGUGGAUUUUACACAUUCAGCUAUGCCACAGAUCAAUAUAGUGACUGGAACACAUCCCUUAGCAAAGACAUAUUUAUCUGUAAUAACCGGUUGAACCGAAUAUAUAAUGUCUCCGAAUUCUUAGAAGCAUUGCUGGCUGAUCCCUAUAGAGUCUUGAUAGAUUAUCCCAAAAACAAAUUUAGGGCAAUGCUAAUACUAAGCGGGCCCCCGACUGAAUUAAAAGAACUUCCGAAGCUCAACAAAAACGAUCAUUUUGAGUUUAUAAUUCUUCGACCGGAGGAUCCAGACGAGCGAUAUGUUGAGGUUCUGACCAUACUCGCAAGCUUAUACAGAGAACAUCGAGUAAGCAUACAGCUUAAAAGGAAACUUGCCUUGAAAGUUCUGUCCUCACAGCGAGAGAAACAUCCGCUUCAUGUUAAAUUUACCAAAAAUGACCGUGCAAGCAUAAUUAGAACAUACCUUCAGAAAUUGGCGUUUCAUGUCCAGGUGGAACGAAUAUACAGAGCUACCUUGAAGACCAAGCAGAAACAUCUGAGGAAUGCUUUGCUGAAAUUUUCACCUCCCGAGUUGAAAAAACUCGAUAAUGCUAGAAAAUGGACAUGCUCGAAGAAGUCUGCAAACAUGAACACAACACCUAAGAAAAAACAACUACAGUUAUCUGCAUUGUGUGAGAGCUCACCAAAGUUGGAUGAAAACAUCAAGACUAGUCAAAUAGACUCAAAACCUCGAAGACAGUCGGGCUCAAUCGAACCUUUAGAAAGCAUAUGGGCAUCAGAUACCAAUUCAGACACUCACUUUAAACCAUCUGACUCGGAAUCAGCUGCAUCUAGUAGCAGUGGCUCUACGAGACCUUUUACUUCCGAAGAGAAGAAACUUUUCUACGAUCAGAGUAAAAUGGCUGUCAGAAUACGCAUUGAGAGGGAGAGACUCUGCCUCACAUAA